UGUCGGGCCAUCUGUACGUCACACAUCAACAAAAGUUGAUUUUCUAAACUCUACUUCGUUGUCAUGGAGUGUUCGAGCGGUUGUAAAGUGACAGACGAUCUAGUUUUCCAUCAAUUUUCGCUUAGUUUCGUUGCGAUUCUUCGCGAUACAAAAAUGUUUAGCUCUGCAGGCUUCAUUCGGAGGCAAACUAAAGCUGCCCAGGAUCUUGCUCGCAUACUAAAAAAAGAGUCACAAUCGAUUGAUGACAAUACCAAUCCUUCAGCUUGUGCAAUCAUGAUCCGUCUAUGCCGAUAAAGUAAGCAUUCUUUACAGGAUCUGUGGUUACAACAUGUAGACUUGUAAAUUACCGCAAAGGCUGAUCGAGCUACAGCUGUUUCAGGCCCAUGCACGAAUGCUGACAUUGACAGUGACUUUUGACUGCACUCUCAGCAGCAUGUUUGGCGUAGCACAGGAUCACAUAGCUUGCACUUGUCAAAAGAAUUACUACAACUUAUCUGAAGCAUAUUGUUGAAAUUGGAAGCCUUCUUGCGCAGAAGUACCACAUCAUGCGCAAAAACUCCUUUGAAUACGGAAAGGGCAAGAAAGAAGAAAAGGAUCUUUCAUUUAGCUUUGUUUAUUGUCAAGGAGAUCGACG